CCGCCCACAGAAUCUCGAUCUUCGAAGCAGAUUUGGGGAAAUUUUGUUCGCACCUCUCCGACCAGCCAGCGACUCACUCGACAAACUAACCGCCGUCUCCGACACCACAACAACAACCAGUCACCAUGGGUCGUCUUCACAGCAAGGGCAAGGGUAUCUCUGGCUCCGCCAUCCCCUACUCGCGCAACCCGCCGUCGUGGCUCAAGACCACCCCUGAGCAGGUUGUCGACCAGAUCUGCAAGCUGGCCAAGAAGGGCGCGACUCCCUCCCAGAUCGGUGUCAUUCUCCGUGACUCGCACGGUAUUGCCCAGGUCAAGGUCGUGACCGGUAACAAGAUUCUGCGGAUCCUGAAGAGCAACGGCCUUGCUCCCGAUAUCCCGGAGGACCUGUACAUGCUCAUCAAGAAGGCUGUCGCUGUCCGCAAGCACCUUGAGCGUAACCGCAAGGACAAGGACUCCAAGUUCCGCCUCAUUCUCAUCGAGUCUCGUAUCCACCGUCUGGCCCGCUACUACAAGACCGUCGGUGUCCUCCCCCCCACCUGGAAGUACGAGUCGUCGACGGCCAGCACCCUGGUCGCCUAAACGGGAUACUCCCCCAUGUCGAGUCGAGAGGAGGGUUCGUGGUGAAUCGGAGCAAACGGGCGACCUCAUUGUCCGCAGCUUUUGGCCGCUGUGCUGUCGCCCGCAAAUAUGGCCCGGGCCAUUAGCGUUGGGGAAUGACAAGAGAAAUGGCAUUUCUGUACCACUGCAACGGACGCAGGGUAUUUUUGCUGUCCUCCUGCAUCAGAAGCACGAGGCCCGAUCGGCGAUGACGAUAGAGGAUACAAAUGCAAUGCAUUACUCCUCCAUUCGCCAUUGACUCAUGCGUGAUAUGGUAUCUCAUUGUCGUCCCUGAGCUUUUCGCAAGACCUACCACCCUCUUCCCAUGUCACGGGACACUUCCCCAUCAGUUUGCCAAGUGAACACCUAGAGCUCAUGAUGCCCUUAUUCUCCGUCCAUCCCGAGGCCCUUCCCCCAUUUCUUUAGCUUGCUAUGUUGUACCCUAUGUGCUCCCGUCCUUCCCCUCCAACUCUCUGCUCCGCUGUAGCAAAUACU